UGGUUAUAUAAAUAUGAGUAUACAUAAUAGUUAUUAUUCAUAGAUACCUACAUCCUAAGUUCCUGUUAAUCUUCUGAAAGAAACAGAAUGAAUGUGUUGUUACAAUGGUAAUGCCAGGAGAGGCAGUAUUAGUUCUGUGUUACAUUAAUGUGUAAGGAAGUGGAAGAAGAGUGUGUCCUGUAGGAGGCAGUAGAAAAUGGAUGCUCAUGUUCUGUACAUGCCCUGAAAGUAAGGUUCAGUAAACCAGUGCAACGAUACCCCGGUGUAAGGCUCAGUUAUUGUAUUUUUAUUUUUUGAAGAUGCAACAUCUUUUUGGCGACGAGGACGUUUAGGGGGAAGGAGUUUGGGCGAUCGGACUGAAAGAAAAGAGAAGAAAAUAAAGUGAUGGAGUCGGCUACAGGUUUGGCUAGCUUUUCAAAGAAUGCAAAAGUUUUCGGCUGGAAAUAGAAGGCAGUGACCUCGAAGCGGAAAUGGCUACAAUUGGUACGCUAGUAGCGUUCGAUCCAAAGAAUCAGACUUGGGAUGAGUACACGGAAAUACUCGAGCAGUUUUUCGCAGCUAACGGGAUCGGCGAUGCAGAGAAACAAAGAGCGAUAUUAAUAAGUGUCGUCGGAGCAGCGACGUACAGCUUGAUGCGAAACCUUCUCAGCCCGGCCAAGCCCAAAGACAAAACCUUCCAAGAGCUGGUGCUUCUGAUGAAAAAUCACUUCGAUCCGAAGCCCAGUGAAAUUGUGCAAAGGUAUAAGGUCGACUCUCGCUCCCGCAAGCCGAAUGAAACCGUCAUGGAAUAUGUAGCGGAGCUGCGUCGCCUGGCACAGGAUUGUAACUAUGGCAACACGUUACAACAGAUGUUGAGAGAUAGGAUCGUCUGCGGAAUUAAGGAUGACCGAAUUCAGAGACGUCUCUUGUCAGAAAUAGAUCUCACUUUUGACAAGGCUCUGUCAAUUGCAGUAGCCAUGGAGACUGCAAAUAAAAAUGCACAGGAUCUGCAGACCUCAGGGGCGUCAGCAAAAUGUUUCAGUCUCGCUAGAGGACAACAGGAGAGUCGUACCUUUAAAGCAGAAAAUAAAGAGUGUUAUCGUUGCAAAGGAACCAAGCACACAGCAGCAGACUGUAAGUACAAACAAGAAAAAUGUCAUGCUUGUGGUAAAAUGGGACACAUAGCUAGAGCUUGUAAAAGCAAGACUAAACUGAACCAGAAAAAGUAUGGAUCGACAUAUGUAAAGAAAGAAAAAAAGCAGAGUUCACACUACAGUACUCACAAUGUGGGCGAGAAAGCAGAUAACAACAAAACUGAUAGCUCUGAAGAUGACUCUUUUAUGUUGAACUGUGUCAAGUGCAGUCAAGGGCACAAAAGAAAACUGUUCAAGUUAGGGUGUGGCAGUGCGGUACACUUAAGAAGAGUAGACCCCUACACUGUGGAUAUGCAAAUUGAUGGAAAAAAGGUGAACUUUGAAAUAGACACUGGAUGUUGCCUAACAGUCAUGAACGAAGCAACAUUCAGAGAAACAGGGAAAGACAGCAAGCCCCCCAGCCUGCAGCCCAUCAAAAUCAAGCUCGAAACUUAUACAGGGGAUCCUGUUAAGGUGAUUGGUGCAACACGAGUCAGCGUCAAAUACAAGCAGCAGAAAAAACAUCUGCCCCUGGUGGUGGUCGAAGGCGACGGCCCCAGCUUGCUAGGUCGAGCUUGGCUCGAGGAAAUUAAAUUGGACUGGGGUGAAGUGAAAAACAGUCCUAACAACAGAAAGCUGCACCAAGUCAAAACAACAGAGAAAACACUUCAGCAAGUGUUAAGUAAACAUGAAAAUGUGUUCAAAGAGGAGUUGGGCACCCUGAAAGGAAUGAAAGCUGCUAUUCAUGUGAAAAGUGAUGCCACCCCACGCUUCUUCCGUCCGCGUUCUGUCCCCUUUGCUAUGCGAGCAAAAGUCGACGAGGAAAUAGACCGACUGUUGAAAGAAGGCAUCAUCUCGCCAGUGAAAUAUGCUGAAUGGGCGGCACCAGUAGUGCCACUCCUGAAGCCCACAGGGACAAUAAGACUGUGUGGGGAUUACAAGCUUACUGUAAAUACCGUGGCUUCACUGGAGCAGUACCCCAUACCCAGAAUGGAGGACUUGUUUGCCACACUGUCCGGGGGUAAGCAGUUCUCAAAAUUAGACAUGAGCCACGCUUACCAGCAAAUCCUCUUGGACGACGAAUCGAAAAAGUGCGUGACAGUAAACACAUCGCGGGGGCUGUUCACGUAUAACAGAUUGCCUUUUGGAGUGGCCUCUGCUCCAGCAAUAUUCCAGAGGACCAUGGAAAGUCUUUUGAAGGGGAUACCUCAUGUAGCAGUGUAUUUAGAUGACAUCUUAGUGACUGGAGUGGAUGAAGUAAGCCAUCUACAGAACCUGGAUGAGGUGUUGACCCGGUUGGAGGAAGCUGGGUUGAGGUUAAAGAGGUGCAAGUGUGCCUUCAUGCAAGAGAAAGUGGAGUACUUGGGGCACAUAGUGGACGCCCAGGGGCUCCACCCAGUGGAAAAGAAAGUUAAAGCAAUCAUGGACGCACCUACCCCCACAAAUGUCACUGAACUGAAAGCAUACUUAGGUUUGCUAAAUUACUACAACAAAUUCCUUCCAAACCUGGCAACCCGGUUGGCACCCUUACAUGAACUUUUGAGACACGAGGUACGGUGGACAUGGCAAAAGAGACAAGAGGAAGCAUUCCAGAAAUCUAAGAACCUGUUGAACUCAGCAGAGGUGUUAGUUCAUUAUUCUGCUGACCGUGAGUUGGUUCUCUCAUGUGAUGCAUCCCCAUAUGGCGUAGGCGCCGUAUUGUCACAUAAGAUGGAGGAUGGAAGCGAGAGACCUUUGGGGUUCAUGUCACGCACACUCUCUCCUGCUGAGAAAAAGUAUUCUCAGCUUGACAAAGAAGGUCUAGCUGUGAUAUUUGGCAUCAAGAAAUUUCACAAAUACUUGUAUGGCCGAGUUUUCACGAUUUACACAGAUCAUAAACCCCUAAUCUCACUGUUCAAUGAAAAGAAGCCUAUACCUCAGAUGGGCUCACCAAGAGUACAAAGAUGGGCCGUGACAUUGAGUGCUUACGAGUACAACAUCAGGUACAAGCCAGGAAAACAUCAUGAAAACGCGGAUGCGCUCAGCCGGUUGCCGGUACCAGACUCAGCACCUGAGCGAGAGAUGGCUGAGCAGGUUUUGAUGAUGGAUGUACUGGAUGACACAUUAGUGGACACUGCACAGAUCAAACGAUGGACAGCUAAGGAUGUCUUGUUGUCGCAAGUCCACGAGUACACCUUAAAAGCCUGGCCAACUGAGACCGACACCUGUUUAAAGCCGUAUCGACAGAGAAAACUGGAACUGAGUGUGAGGGAUGGUUGCGUGCUCUGGGGAGCCCGAGUAAUUAUUCCCACCAAAGGCCGAGACAAAAUAUUGAAACUCCUGCACCAGACUCAUACAGGCAUGUCGAAGAUGAAAGGCUUGGCAAGGUCGUAUGUAUGGUGGCCAGGGAUGGAUGAGAACAUUGAAAGAGAAGUGCAGGCAUGUGAGGAGUGUCAGAAACACUCCAAGUCACCACCUACUGCACCAUUACACCCUUGGGAGUGGCCGGAGUCACCAUGGUCCAGAAUCCAUGUGGACUAUGCAGGGCCUUUCCUCGGGGAGAUGUUUCUAAUCAUUGUGGAUGCUCAUUCCAAGUGGAUGGACAUUUACCCUGUGAAAUCCUCUACAUCACAGGUAACUAUAGAGAAACUGCGCCAGAGUUUCAGUGUGUUUGGACUACCUAAAAUGUUAGUUUCAGACAACGGAACAUGCUUCACAAGUGCUGAAUUUGAGUCAUUCAUGAAGCAGAAUGGAAUUGACCAUGUAAGAUCAGCACCUUUCCACCCUUCUUCAAAUGGGCUGGCUGAGAGGGUGGUCCAGACCUUUAAGGAGGGGAUGAAGAAAGUCAAAGGUGAUACCUUGCAAACCAGACUGUCCCGAUUUCUGUUCAGUUAUCGCAUCACACCGCAUGCCACUACUGGUUUAUCACCUGCAGAGUUGAUGAUGUCACGGAGACUCAGAUCAGUUUUGGACUUGCUCAUGCCUGAUGUGAAAACAAAAGUGCAGCACAAACAAUCGAAACAGAAAGAAAAUCAUGACACCAAGAAAAGACUGAGAAGUUUCACACCAGGAGACAAGGUCUUCAUCAGAAACUACUCCUAUGGCCCGAAGUGGAUUCCCGCAGUCAUUGUGAGAGCAUCGGGUCCAGUGUCUUACAUUGUUACCAUUGGAUCAGGUCAAACUGUGAAGCGGCAUGUGGAUCAGGUGAGAGCAAGAGUGGCUGACACUGUUCCCAGUACACCAGACAGGGAGGUGGAGCCAUUGCUUGACAAAGAAUCAGUGCCUGAGUGCUGCUGGCCAUCAGAGUUGGACACAUCGCCACAACCUCCGGCAAUGGAGUUGCCUUAUGCUCCGGAGACUCCAGCUCCCGGAGACUCCUCAGGGACACCCGUGUUGCGACGUUCCCAGAGAGAGAGACGUCCACCAGAGACUUUAAAGGACUUUGUUAGGUAGUGUGAGAUCUUCCAGAAAUAGAGCAACAAUGCGCUCUGAUCUCACAGGAAGGACGUACCUUCCUAGUUAGAAAAAAAAAAAAGAGAAACAUGGAAACCUAUGUACAGUUGUAUGGUUGUAUGGUUACCUUAAUUACAUGUUGAUUGUUUGUUAAGCAUUCUUUAGAUAAACAGUUAUUUUGUAAGUCAAGGGAGUUGUUGACUUAAGGGGGGAGGAGAUGUGGUAUCGCAAGAAAUAAGUGGUUAUAUAAAUAUGAGUAUACAUAAUAGUUAUUAUUCAUAGAUACCUACAUCCUAAGUUCCUGUUAAUCUUCUGAAAGAAACAGAAUGAAUGUGUUGUUACAAUGGUAAUGCCAGGAGAGGCAGUAUUAGUUCUGUGUUACAUUAAUGUGUAAGGAAGUGGAAGAAGAGUGUGUCCUGUAGGAGGCAGUAGAAAAUGGAUGCUCAUGUUCUGUACAUGCCCUGAAAGUAAGGUUCAGUAAACCAGUGCAACGAUA